CUAUAAUGAAGCUAGUGUGUUUGUUUAUAUGUGUAGUAAUAUUACGAUGUGACAGUCUGUCGCCUAUAGCCAGCUCUACAGUCAAAGUAUACCCUUGCAAGAAUACGGAAUACAUCGCAGCAUGGAUCGAGCCUGGCUUGCCUCUGGAGGAAUACACCAAGUACUACCUGGACAUUAUAAAGAGCUUCCCCGCGAACAGCUUUGUCAAAGUUUCGUUCGAUGCUGAAGUUAACAUCACUUUCGCAGUUGUAUCGGAAAAUGACCAGUUCUCAAGAAUAACUUACAGUGAUGGCGACAUUUUCACGCUGUGUUUCUCGACUCAGCAAGAAGGCCUCGGCCUCGUAGUGAUGGGCGUGGUCCCAGGCCUAAUCCCCAACGUGAAAGGCCUCACCAUCGACGACGUGGAGCUCUGCACGGAGCCCGAUGUGGGUUUCGUUGACAAGUACGCUGACAUCGGAAAGACGUCACCACAAGAGGAAUAUAAAUGGCGUGCAGAAAUCCAAAGAUCAGAAAAAGCAGAUGUCCUUCGUAACUGCGGUCGCCGCUGGGUGACCAGUGAGCGGAUAGAGGACGGACCGGCACAGUCCGGAUACUGGCCCUGGUUCGUGGCCAUAUAUGAGUUGCAGCAAGGAAGUCUGUUUUACAUUUGUGGAGGCACCCUCAUCUCCAAGUCUUUUGUCUUGACAGCUGGAUACUGUACUGCAAACAAAAAACCGGAGAAAAUCUCAGCAGCAAUGGGGAUAUAUCACUUGACAGAUUACUCCUUAGACGUGAAACGGAUACACGUUAAGGAGAUAAUAACUGCCAAGAACUACAAAUCGGCUGACUAUGACAACCAGCUGUCUCUGUUGAGGUUGGAGCGGGAUGUCCCGUUCAGGUCCGACAUCCAGCCCGCGUGUCUGUGGCCCAACGCGGCCGCUGGCCCACGGGUGGGCAACAUCACUGUUAUGGUGGGGUGGGGGUACGAUGAUGACGACGAGGAGCUGACGAUUCUGCAACAAGCCAACCUGCCGCUGGUGUCCGACCACGACUGCAUCCAGCGCGACCCCGUGUACGGGCGACUACUGAACGAACACACCUUCUGCGCGGGAUACCUCGGAGAUGGAGCAUCUCCAUGCAAAGGUGACGGCGGUAUCGCUUUUCUGGUGGUCACCCCGGACAAGAUACAGGACAGUACAGGACAAGGUAGUAAGGUGACGGGCUCCUGGCAGGUGAAGGGCAUCCUGUCCCACUCCGAACAAUCACCGGAAGAGCCAUGUACUCAGAGCUACGCCCUGUUUACGGACGUGGAGAAGUACUGGAACUGGAUCCACAGAUACUUAUAAUAAGUAGAUAAAAAUAAUAAGUAAGGGUUAACCGAAAAAUAAAACACUCGCUUAGCAAGUCGCAGUAAAAGACUCGCUUAAUCUUGGUCUUGUAGAAUUAUGGUCAAUAUAUCUAAUAUUAAUUACACAUGGUACAGUAAUUAAAAUUAUCAAAUUAUAAUUAGUUUAGGUUAAUCUUAAAGAUUAUAUCAGCAAUACAGUUAUUUUAACAAAAACCAGUGGAGUUUAUUUACCUCUUAUUUUAUGUAAUAUCAGAUAGUUAAUGUAGUUCUUUACUUAAAUGUUUCGUUUAUUUAUUAUUCUAAAAUGAUUCAUUUAAUUUAUUGUAAAAGAUCAAUAAUAAAAACCACAUUGGGUUUCUCAAAAAAGGACAAUAUGUUUCCUGAAAUAGGGGUUUUUAUAUCUAUAAGUGGUGUGUCACUAAAUACUAAAUAGUAAAAAAGAUUUAACUUGGCAAAAUUCAACAUAUUAUAUUUUGUAAAGUUUCGGAAAGUGCGUUCAGGAAUUGAUUGAUCGAUGUUUCUUGUCAAUAUCCCUUGAACGCGUACUAAGCGGCUUAGUUCCUCUUUCCUUAACAUAAACAUGUGGAAGCCCCUUCCAGCUUCAGCUUUCUCCGGUUAUUUAAACACAAGCUCGAAC